GCAUAAAAGUCUCAAAAUCCAGCCCAACAGACUUUGUACACGAAAUGACGAUUCCGGAAGUUGUUACCGUUGAUGUUACCACUGAUGUAGAAACCUUCAAAUUUAAUCUUAGACGUAACCGAUGGCAUACCCGGAAUAUUCCGGUCUUUACUGGUGAAGGAAACACGUGGCACUCGUACAUUUUUGAUAUCCAGAAAUCUGGUGUUGGAAUUUAUAGCGCUGACGGAUCAUCAUUUGCACUAAAGUUCAAUAAGGGCAAAGUUUUCACAUGCAAAGGAAUAUUUCACAAAAAUAAAUACGUGUACAGGAUUUAUCCCCAUAAUGUUAACGUGACGUCACAUAGAAUUUACAGAGCUCUCUAUGACGACGACAACUUAAUAAUACCUGAAACCCAUGCAGAAUUUGAAAUUUUACAACAUAUGGCGAAAAUAACAUCUCGAAAGAAGCGUCAAGCGCAGCUGUAUGAAAUAGAAUUGUUAAUAGUUGUGGACUACGCCCUUUUUACACAGGCAGCUGCCACUAUUGGAAUUACAGAGACUGACGUCAUUGCUAGGACGUCAGAGGUGGUCGAGGACAUUAUACAUCAAUUUGCAAUCAUUGUUAACAGCAUAGACGCACGGUUUCGAGAGAUCCGAGGAGCCAACUAUGUAAUAAAUGUUCUAAUUGCUGGCAUAUAUAUAGCGCUCAAUCAGAGUUCUUCACCCUGGUCCGAAUCGGUCACGGAAUCAUCUGAUCCACGUGCGGUCGUGAGUGAAAAAUCAGUUAAACUAUUUUCUAACUGGGUAAAAGUUCAUCAACAUAAUUUGCCAGAAUUUGACCAUGCUAUGGCGUUCACGGCGUAUAACCUGCGAAAGGAAGGUAAUCACAAGACUUUAGGGUUAGGAUAUACACAGAGUAUGUGUACAGACAGACGGUUUUCUAUUGUAGAACAUCACGGAGACAUUGCCUAUGUGAGCUACAUCGCUACGCACGAACUUGCACACAGUUUAGGUGCUAAACACGACGGUUACCCUGCCACAGUAAUGUACGGUGAUGUUGAGAAGACUUGUGAAGCAGGCGAAGGCUAUAUCAUGUGUCCGAAAGCGUCUAAAGAUCCAGAAGCUCAUCAAAAAAGAUGGCGGUUUUCGGAUUGCAGUGUCUUAUAUUUUGACUUUUUCUUAGAUUAUCUAAACGAGAAUAAAACUAACUGUUUGACACAGCGUUCUUCGUGGUACGGCGGACAAGAUUCUGUGCUAUUUAUAGAUAUUGAGUCACGUGCUUAUAGCCCGGAUGAGCAAUGUGAAAGGAGACAUGGAGCUGGAUCUGUCUUAAACAGGAAAGAAAUCAGUAAAAACUCGAGCAGCAUUUGUCAUAGAAUCCCGUGUACCAACCCAGAUGGAAAAGACUCCCCCAUAUCGAUGCUGCCACUCGAAGGCACAAAUUGUGGACACAACAAAGUUUGCCAUUAUGGCCAAUGUGUUGAUGGUGACCAGAGCAUGCGUAUUAAGAAAGAACAACAAGACGAUGACUGCAUAUUCGGUGAUCACCCUGGUUUAAUAGCAGAGACAGGUUUGACGUGUCAAGAGCUAUUGGGGGCACCUAAAUUUGCCUAUAGAUGCUAUACUUAUGCAAAGGAAUGUUGUGACACGUGUUCUUGGUACCGCAGAAAGCAAAGUGUCGUAGAACAAACGUGUAUGUAUGGCGAUAAGAAAGAGUCAUGUUCACUAGAUGACUGCGAUACAGAUUUAUGUUGCGAAACGUGCGCCAUACAUUCAGGAAAACUAAAAAAAUGUCCAUCAUUAAAUGCUCCACUCCAAGGAUUCAUGUCGUUUAACACAGAUACAAACAGCUAUGGAACAGUCGCCAAAUUUUCUUGCAAGCCUGGUUACCAUGUGAACGGAAAUAGAACUGCUAGAUGUUUACAGGAAGGUUUUUGGGAUUCUACGGCCCCAACUUGCAUAGAGGGAUGUUUAGUGUCAGAAUUACCACCACAGACAUACAUUGAAAAUGGUCGUAAAGAGGACGUUUUUAAAAUUGGUUCACACGUAAAAAUAUUAUGUCAGAACGGGUUUGAGAUAGACGGUGACGCCGUUCUGAAAUGCAAAAACGAUUCUUUUUGGAGUAGCGCUAUACCAAAAUGUAUUUUAGCUUUCACAUCACCGGAAGUGAUAUUUGUACGUGAAAAUUUACCGUCUGCUGCCAUAGUACAUCAGUUGAGGACAGGAAAUUUGUCGUCUGCGUACCGUUUGUUGUUUUACUCUACUUCCGGUUUUAAGGUGACGAAAGAUGGCGCUGUUCUUGUAGACGAUGGCUACGAGAUUGAUUAUGAAAAUGUCAAGAAAUAUUAUCUUAUAGUAGAAGCCACAAGUUCUGUUGAUAAAAGAUUUAAAGUUCGACAGAGGCUCGAGAUUAUCGUGCAGGACGUGAACGAGUUCAAGCCCUCAUUUCCGUUACAGGAAUAUUGUAUCUUUCUUGAAGAACCUUACAUAAAGGGAAUGGUGGUUUUCAAACAUUCUGCAACAGACCGUGACGCUUCCGGUUCAAACAUUUCUUACCACAUUCGAAAUGCAGAAUCGGAAAUAGCCGAAAUCUUCCGAAUAGAUACGGAAACAGGAAUUAUAGAAGUUGCGAACGCAAACCUGCUUGGUUUUUCAGACAGCAAUAUUUAUACCUUGCAAAUUGAAGCUGUGGAUACCGGAAGUCCGCAACUGACUGGUACAUGUGUUGUGCAAGUUCGAACUGGUCUCCACUGCCCGCAAAAUGGUGCAAAGAGUUCUUUUAAUAUUACUUCGGAAAUAUUUUUAACAAUAUUGUAUAUCUGUAUUUAUAACAUUUUCGUAUUUUAUCUUCUUUUUAAACGUAGGUGAUUAAAAAUGCCUGUAUGAAAAGCUUUCCUCAGGA